UCGUUUAAACGUGUAAAAGCCCCGUAAACCUCUUAAACCGUGUAUAUUUACGAAUGCGUAAAAAUCUGGCAGCAACUUAUAUGGAAAUUCAUUUAAACACAUUACGCACCAAUGUCAGUGUGUAAAGAACACUUGUAAAUUUACGAUAUUGCAAAAGCAACCCUACCAAACGACCAGCUGAUGAAUAUUAUUGUGAAAAUUAAAAUGGAAAAGGUAAGAAUGAAACUCGGAACAUAAAUUUUAUUUAAUUGUUGCAAUUGUUUUAUAUUUCAGGAUAAAAAGUUAAAGCCAAAGCGUCUACGGCUGAAACCGUCCCAUCGCUGGACAGAGUCGCAGUCCCUGCAGCUGUUGCAAGCAGUAUCCGACGCAAUUAAAGAUAGUCCAGAAUCUUUUGAGAAACCGACCUCCCAAAGGUUUUACGAAAAAUUGCAGCAAAAUACACCGGCACUUCAAUCUGUCGUUUGCGUAGCUAUGAAAAGCAAAAUGAGGUAUCUCAAAGCGUUGUACGUUGCCGCGGCAGCCUGGAAAAACAAAACUGGGUCUGGACUACUCGCUAAUGGUGACGAGUCAAGCGUAUCAGCGCAUGUCAACAAAAUUUGUCCCAACUUUGACUUACUGGAAGUUAUCUUCGGGCAACGCAAAAAUGUAAAUCCCGGAGUAAUUUUUGAAAGCACUGACAGCAUUGAAGUACUGGCUGAUUCCCCUUGUGCUGAUAGUUCGUUAAACGAUACCAUCGAUUCCUACGACUUGUGUGCGCUCGAUUGUGAGGAUUUAGUUGACCCAAUAUUACCUAUAAGUAUAAGUAGCGAUUGCAGUGCCGCCGCCGCGGCAACUUCUACACCACAAAGUUCGUUGGACUUUAGAAGUUCAACAAAAAAACCAAAAAGAAAGAGUGAAGCCCCGUUCAAUAAAUUGAUUUUUAUUCAGGAGAAAAGGUUGGAAUUAGAAGUUAAGAAAAUAGAAUUAGAAAAAGAAAAAGAAAAGAAUGAGGUCGAGUUGAAAAGAAUUGAACUGAAUAAUCAAUUAGAAAUGAAAAGAAUUGAAACUGAAUCAGAAAAAGAAACCAAACUGGAAAUUGAAAAACUGAAACUUGCUAGUGAAGAACGCAUUAAAAUGUUUGAAAUAGAGUUAAAGUUAAAAUCAAAAUAAAUGUGAAACUUUAAGAGAUUUCACAUGGUACUUUUUUCGCAAAUUUAAAAGAUCUCAUAGCAAAAUACAUGUAUAUUUGAAUGUAACUAAAUGUUAAUAGGCACAGAAGCACUUUUUAUUUUUCUGUAAAUAAAAGCAUAUAUUAAUGGAUUUUAAAGAUA